AUGAACAAAAACUUACAACGAAGUUAUCAGAACAAACAUUCAAAGUCAUCACGAAAAUCUCAUACAAGUGAACGUCGAUCAAAUAAAACCGGUGAACUAUCAUCUCAACUUCCACAACAAUCUGACAUUCAGUCUGAACACACAUCGAACAAUUUCGAUCAUGAUCUUUUAAGCGAAAUUAUUGAAGAUUUAACAUCAGAUAUUGAUGAUACACGAACACCAUCAACCCCAUCUAUUCUUUCGACAAAAUCAAACACGAAAAAUGAUGAAACGUCUUCACCACCAAUACAAAAUAGAUUUUUAUCAGUUAAUCCUUUACGAAACCCAACGUGUUUAAUAAAAAAAAAACCUUCACGAUCAACAAGAAAAGGAGGAAAAUCUGAUCAAUAUGAAGAAAAAACUUUGGAUUUAUCAAACUAUUCAAAUAGUUUUGAUGAAAAAUAUGAUAUAUUAAAUUCUAGAAAAUCUAUUGGUGAACAACGACGUGAUCAAUUAACGAAAUAUAUGAAAGAAUUUUAUCAAGCUUGUUUUUUACUCGAUCAAAAUUCUACUAUAAAUUAUGUUCAUGAUACUUUAACGAAUAAUAAUAAACGAAAACAAUAUUCUACAGCAUUAUGGUAUGAAUUAAAAACAUUUUUUAAUGGAACAAACUCUUUAAAUGAAGCUGGUAUUAAAAAUGAACAAUAUUUAAUUGAUCGUCAACGAAAAAAAAGUCUCGAAGAAUUUUAUCAUUUUUUUAGUCAAUGUGAUUUUGAACAAGCACAUUAUCAUGAUACUUUAACAAUUCAACGUCGUCAUUUAUGUGAAUAUCAUUUAAAUCAUUGUUAUGAUGUUGAAAAACGUAUGAAAAAUUUAUUUUCAAAAUGGGAUUAUAUAUUAUCAUUAUUUCCAUCAUAUUCAGCACUUGAACACUAUGAUAAACGUUUUAAUCCACGUACAAAAGAAGGAAGAAUUUUUUAUGAAAAAUUAUAUAUUUUUCAAGCAUGGUUUAAUUUACAUUCAGAAAUUAAUCAUUUAAUUAAUGUACUUGGUCGUAUUAUGACAUGUAUGAAAUGUCAUAUGUGGCCACAUGAAACAAAUUUAUCAAUAGUAAAACAUAAUGAUAAUUUAUCUCGUCCAACAACACCAUCAUCAACAUCAAGUCAUGAACAACGAGAUCCAAUUGUAGGAUCUCCACCUAAUAUAUCACCAUUUUUAGCAACACCUGAAAUAAGAAUCAAACGACAAAGUACAUUUACAUCAAUGUCAAGUUUUGAUAGUAUUUAUCAACCACCAUUAACAUCAUCGUCAUCAUUAAUGGACUAUUAUUAUAGAUAUGUUGAUGAUCAAGUAACACAUGCUCGCAUUGAAUUAGUUGCAAGUAUAUUUCGUACCAAACAUGGUCCUUUAUUACAACGUUUACGUUAUACAUAUCGAAAAGAACAUCGAACAAGUUCUUCAACAUUUGAUGAUAUAUUUAAAAAUUCUCCAUUUUUUCCUAAAAAACUUAUUCCAAAUGAUUAUUUAUUAGAUGCUAAACCUCAUAAAUUAAUCGAUGAAUUUUUAAUGCUUAAUAGACAAUUACAAGAACAAAAGAAUCCUAAGCAUGCAAAUAAACAAACAAAUAAAUCUACAGGCAUUUAUUCUGAUACAGUUAAUAAUAUUCUUAAUCGUUUCGAUCAAAAUCCAACAUUAACAUCGAGUACAUUUCCACCAGUACCAGCACCAACAUUAGUUUUAAAACUUUCAUCUAAUGAUCGAAGUCUACUUAAACGUCAACCAUAUUAUCUUGAUUAUCUUGAUCCAAUAUCAUAUCCACAUUUACCUGGUUCAACAUUAUUUCCUGAUCCAUGUUUAUUUCUUGACUAUUCACCAUUAAAUUCCUAUUCACAAAUACCAACAGAUGAAAAUAUUUUAAUUGCUAAAAUCUUAACAAUAUGUCAUCGUCUUUAUGAUAAACAUGUUUGGGUCGCUAGUGGAAGAUUUUCAGAUAUGUGUGAUAUAUUUCAUUUACCAUCACUUUAUCCACAUUAUGUUUUUCUUGUACAAAUUCCAUUAGAUUUAAUGAUAUCAUGGCAACAGUAUCAUCAAGAUAAAAAAAUGGAACAAACAUCUACUACAAGUGCUCUUCUUUUAUUAAUUGAUGAAUGUAAAAUCUUAAUACAUAGUGCAACACUAAUACGUCAAUAUGUUAAAUUAAUGAUAACGGAUACUUUUGAAAAAGCAGAAUUAAAAUUAAUUGAAGAUGAUUUAAUUCAAUUCGAUAAAGAUAUAAUUGAUACAAUCUAUGAAAUUCUUUCUUAUAUUGAACGUUAUAUAGAUAUAUCAUUAAAUUCAAAUUCAUUUCAUAAUUGUAUUAUAUUAUUAAAAGAUCAAUGGAAAUCAUUAAAAAAAUAUUCAACUAUGAUGAAUAUUGAAGAAGUUCUUGGUGAAAAAUUUUUAAAUAUUUAUUCAAAAAUAAUCAAAAAUUUUCAUGAACAUAUCGAUAUAUUUCAUUCAUCAAUACCAUCAUCACCAGAAACAAUUAGAAUAGAACAUAUAAAAAAGAAAAUUCAUAGAAAAUAUCAAAAAAAAUUAACAAUGACUAUAUUACGUGAAGCUAAAGCAAUUUAUGAUGAUUGUGCAUUAACAAUUAAUAUUUAUUUACAAAAACCUGUUUGUAAAAGAUUUUUACUUAUACUUAAAGCAGCUGGAUUUGAAAGAAUUAAAUUUGCUUCCGAAAAUCACCAUCAUCAUGGAAGUAAUCAAACUGACAAAGAUGGUUCCCCUUUUUCUAAAUGCCUUCUUUUUGCUCCAGCAAAAUAUUUCAAAGAUAAAGCAACUAAAAUUCAAAUUAUACGAACAUUAUCUUCUUCAUUUCGAAUUAAUGCCAAUCAUAAUUUAGCUGCGGAAUUAAAUGAUGAUCAAUCAACACCACAACAACAAUCUGCUACAUCAUCUCAACAAUUAUCAACUUUAACAUCUGAAAUUUCUCCACCAUUAGUGUAUAUUCUUUGUGUACCAACGACAGUUGACCUUGAAUCUGAAUGGCGUGGUGUAACACAUUUAGUACCUGAAAAUAAAAAUUUAAUAUCUAUAUUACCAUUACAUACUAAUUGGAAAACGACAACAAUAUUUUUACUUACACAACAAACAAAUAAUCUUGAAAAUUUUCAAGAAUCAUUUAAAGAAUGUUUAUCAAAGAUAAAUGUUCAACAGAGUGAUUUAUAUAAUUUUGAUACACGAACAGGACAAUUAUUACAAAGACGUUCAUGUUUUGAAAAAAUUGAUAAUGCUAUGAAAAAUUUAGCUCAUUCAAUGUUAAAUUUAAGUAAUUGUGUUGCAAAUAAUGUGGAAACUUUUGAAAAAUUGAUUGAAAAUAUUGAUAAAAGAGAUUAUGUUCAUACUGAAGAACGUGCUUUUGCGUUUGGAAUGGAUGUUAUUCGUGAAACGAGUUUUUAUGCAACACAAUGUGAAUAUAAUACAUUAAAAACUCAAGCUGAAAAGCAAUUAAGAUUUGCAAAUAUUUGGUUAAAUUUUGUUCGCAAAAAAAAUUCUACACAAACAUCAAAAUAUCCAAUAGCAAUACCAAUGUGGUUAUUACCUGGAAUACAUUUUCUUCGUCAUGCAUGUUCAUUACAUUUUACAAAUCAUAUUGAUAAUGAUUUAUUUUCUGAAUUUUAUUAUAAUAUGACAAAAACUAUUGAUUAUUUAAAUAAUUCCAAUAAUAAUAAUAACAAUCUUAAUGAAAAUAAUAGACUAUCCAAAACAUUGCAAUGUUCAUCAGCAACUAAACAUGGUUAUGAUAAUAGAAAGAAAAAAAAAUUUCAAUUAAAUAGAAUUGAACAAAUUGAUCGUCUAGAAAAACGUAUUGAUAGACGACGUAUUGAAGAAGGUCUUAUUGGAAAAAUCAAAAGUGUUUAUAAAUCAUCAACUUUAUCAAAAAAAAUGGAUGAAGAUUUAGCAUAUUUAAAAAUAAGAAAUUUUCAUAAAUUAAAUCUUCUUUCACGUGGACAAUAUGCAACAACUUACAAAUGUAGAGUAGACAGAGGUGAUAAACAAGAGAUUCUCUGUUAUAAACAAUAUAAAAUUCAACAUAAUAAUGCACAAGCAAUUGCUAAAGUUCUUGAACAACUUAUGCCACUUAUACAUAUUGAUCAUGCAAAUUUACUUAAAUAUCAUGGCAUUGCACUUGAACAUGAUCAUAUAUUAUUUUUUAUGGAAUAUUGUAGUCAUGGUACAAUAGCUCAACUUUUACUUGGUACACUAUCAUCAUCAUCAUCACAUAUUGAUCAACAUCGUCUAUCAGCAUCACAUAUAGAUACACGUCGUACAUCAGUAGUCCAUGCAGAUUCACGUCGUACAUCAAUAUCAGUGAUCAGUCCAACAGUAGAUACAUCAUUUAUUGAUAAAGAUAUUGUUCAAACUUCAACUGGUUCGGUUUUUUUAAAAGAAACUCUUGUUCAACGUUAUUUACGUCAAUUAUUAUCUGCUUUAUCACGUUUACAUGAAAAGGAACUCAUUCAUCGUGAUAUACGUAAUGUUAAUAUAUUUUUUACAGAUUCAACAAAACAAUCAAUUAAAUUAGGUGAUAUUAAUUUUGUUUAUGAUUUUAAAUUUAUGAAAAAACAACCAUCAUCACUUGAUAUGGAAGCUAUUAUUUAUAAACGUGAAUCAAUUGUUUUUUAUGCACCUGAAAUAAUAACACAAAAUGAAACAACAAUGAAAUCUGAUAUAUGGUCAUUAGGAUGUUCAAUAAUACAUAUGUUAACAGGUCGUAUACCAUGGAGUCAUCCAACAACAGCAUCAAGUGCUUAUUAUUUUAAAGUUCUUAAUUGGAUUGCUGAUGGUAAACGUCCACCAAUUCCCACUGAUUUAAGUUUAUCAAAUGAAUGUAUUGAUUUUCUUGAGCAAUGUUUUCAACAUGAUCCUAUUCGACGACCAUCAUCACAAGAAUUACUUGAACAUCCGUUUGUAAAAGAAUAA